AAGGGGGAAGAAAAAGAGUUAAUCAAUUGAAUAGUAGUAAUCUAGGCGGUGUGUAUAAUUUUGACUGCAUAUCCUCCUUAUUUAGAAUUUGAAUCGCUAUAGAGGAUUUUGGUGCAUGGUUAUUGGGAUUCCGGUUUGAAUUCCAGUUCCGAAGCGGAUUUAGGUCUUUAGGAUGCCCGGAUGAAUUAUAUGCUAUUGAAUUCUUGAGUUGUGGAAUAGCAGUAGGGUAAAGAUGAGUAAGGAGCAGAAGAGGGAUAAUCCUCCCCAGCAUCAACAACCAGAAGGUGGGGAGGAUACGAUGCUCUGGAGGGUUCUCGUUUUUGGGUUAAUCGGAGCUUCUGCCACUACGAUUGCCGCUUCAAAAUUGCGAAGGACAGUUGAUUGGGUGUAUUCUCAGUUUACCAGGUCACAGACAAGGUGGAAGUUUUGGACAGAUUUUCGUGAGGAUGCAUGGAAAAGAUACAAUAGACGCAUUCAGGAGGAGUAUGAAGAUGAAAUGGAGAGACUGGAGCGGAUACGACGCAUGCAAAAUGUUUUCAAUAGACGGAGAAAUAAAUACCAAAAAGACUUUGAGAGCUGGGAAGAAAAUGGACGUGGAGCAUAUCAUCAGCAUUUCCAGAGGAAUGACUGGUAUUGGAAGGCUGAUACAUCGUUCAGAGACCGGGGGACCAAUUCCCGAGAAUCUCCUCGGGUGAAUUCAAGCUACCCAUUGUCACAUCACUAUUCAGUAUUGGGUCUUGAAAGAUCAAGGGCAAAACCAUAUACAGAUGCUGAAAUAAAGACGGCCUUUAGGGCGAAGGCAAUGGAGUUCCAUCCUGAUCAGAAUCAGGAUAAUAAAGAGUUUGCUGAAGCCAAAUUUAAGGAGGUUAUGGUGUCUUACGAGGCUAUAAAGUUGGAAAGAAACAAUGGCACGAAACGAUGAAAAAUCCACACUAAAGAGGCUUUAUGCAGCACAUAGCUCAUGAUCUUUGCACCCUGCCGAUUUGAGGACUUGGGUGGCUACAUUCUGGAAAAGUAAUUUAAUCUUUUGAAUAGCAUUACAUAUAUACUUCUCAGUAACAUUGCCCAACUUUUUGUUGUACAUUUUGAGUAGUUUGUGUCUUACAAUUUGUUGUUUGUAUAGAAAUAAGCAAAAUGCCUACAAAAGUACAAAUCAGAUCACUGUAGUAUCAAGGCCUACUUUUUGCAUCACUAUGUUCAUUGCUCCAAGAUUGAGAUUUGAGAGGAUACAAAGUGGAAAAUUUUGUAUUUACUUCAAAGUAUAUGACUUUACUGUAAUUCUUCUUCU